AUGGGCUUAUCCGUAGAGGGACCAUCAAUUGGCUGGGCCACGACGGAGCAGGCAGGACCAAGUGUUCGGAAAUGGGCGACCGAGCAAUUGCUUUGCCUUUGGAACAAGCACCGCCAUCGCAGCGACAAUGUCGCAACGUGGGGUGAUGAGAUUGAAUACAACCUAGUUGAUUUGGAUCACGGCGCAUCGCGCGCGACAAUGCUAUUAGACCAGAAGAGGGUUAUUCGAGAAUGGGAAGGAGAUCCCGCCAGCGAGGAAUCGCCAGUUACCCUGCAGUGGGAAGGAGCCAAAUACGUCGUCGAAACAACCCCAGCCAAGCCAUAUACAGGAAGGGAGAAAGGCCCAGAAUCCAUUUGCUUGGAUCACGUCCAGGUCGGGAUGGGUAGCAGCAGCCUCCAAACGACCUUCCAGACAUCGAAUGAAGCCGAAUGCCGUUGGCUAUAUGACCAGCUUAUACCUCUUACACCAGUCUUUCUCGCCAUGACCGCCGCAGUUCCAAUAUGGAAGGGAUAUCUUGUUGAUACGGAUGUCAGGUGGCAGCGAUUUGGGGAUUUGGUAGAUGACCGCCGACCAGAGGAGAUGGAACAUACACCUCCUCGCUGGACCUGUAAUCGCACAUAUCUCUCACAGGAAAGACCUCCAGAAAUGGAAAGUAACACACCUCUCCAACCAAUGGACGAAACAAUCAAACAAAGUCUUCUAGAUGGAGACAUGGACGAACAACUAGCAACACACUUUGCAUCCAUUCUCUCCCGCGACCCUCUCGUCUUAACCCAAGAAGAUAUGAGCCAUUUCAACACAUCAAAUACAAAACUCUUCGAACUCCUACACGGCUGCACAUGGCACGCAGUCCGCUUAAAACCACCCCUUUCGUACAGUGGACCAGGCUGGUGUAUCGAAUUCCGAACAAUGGAAGCCCAACUCAUAGACAAGGACAAUGCAGCCUUUGCCAUCUUCACAUACCUACUUUCCAGGGCGAUUGUGACCCUCCAUCUGAACUUCUAUAUCCCAAUUGAUAAAGUGGGCGAGUCUAUGGAGUUUGCAAAUAAGCGCAAUGCAGUCCUUGAAGAGCGGAUGUGGUUCCGUCGGUCUGGGUGGUUGACGGAUUCGGCUCAUGUGGUCAGGUCAGCUCAUCCAAUGUGCGAAGAGAACGUCCAGUCUCGUGUUGAUGGCGAGUAUUAUGCUCUCAUGUCUGCUGAUGAGAUUUUCAAUGGGGAAUUGGGUCAUACGGGCUUCCCUGGUUUGAUUCCACUUGUGCGGUAUUACCUUGAUUACAGCAAAAUGCCUGUGUCGGAACAGGAGAGGAUAUCGCCAUAUCUGGAUGUCAUCAGCAAACGUGCUAGUGGCGAGAUGCCUACGCCGGCGUCUUGGAUGAGAGAGUUUGUGCGCCAACACGGGGAUUAUCAGCAGGAUAGUUAUGUUAGUGAGAGCGUGUGCUACGAUAUGAUGAAAGAAAUUGUUCGGAUGAAUGAAGAGCGAGAGUGA